AGGCGGGGCCGAGCUGGAGCCGGAGCCGGAGUCUGAGCCGGCGGUUGCAGCGGAGGCGGUGAUGUCGGUGCAGGUCGUGUCAGCAGCGGCUGCCGCGAAGGUGCCUGAGGUGGAGCUGAAGGACCUGAGCCCCUCCGAGGCGGAGCCGCAACUGGGACUGAGCACGGCGGCUGUGAGCGCCAUGGCCCCCCCGGCAGGCGGCGGGGACCCUGAGGCUCCAGCUCCCGCCGCGGAGCGGCCCCCGGCCCCUGGCCCGGGCUCUGGGCCCGCCGCCGCUCUCAGCCCUGCCGCCGGGAAAGUGCCUCAGGCGUCGGCCAUGAAGCGGAGCGACCCUCAUCACCAGCACCAGCGGCACCGCGACGGCGGCGAGGCCCUGGUUAGCCCCGACGGCACCGUCACCGAGGCGCCGCGCACAGUCAAGAAGCAGAUCCAAUUUGCUGACCAGAAGCAAGAAUUCAACAAACGUCCCACUAAAAUUGGACGUCGCUCUCUGUCUCGUUCUAUUUCUCAGUCAUCUACUGACAGCUACAGCUCAGCGGCCUCCUAUACAGAUAGCUCUGAUGAUGAGACAUCUCCCAGGGAUAAGCAGCAAAAGAACUCUAAGGGAAGCAGCGACUUCUGUGUCAAGAACAUCAAGCAGGCAGAGUUUGGACGAAGAGAAAUUGAAAUUGCUGAACAAGAAAUGCCUGCACUGAUGGCUUUGAGGAAGAGAGCUCAAGGAGAAAAACCUUUGGCUGGAGCGAAAAUUGUGGGUUGCACACACAUCACUGCUCAGACUGCUGUGCUUAUGGAAACUCUGGGUGCACUGGGGGCACAGUGCCGAUGGGCAGCUUGCAACAUCUAUUCCACUCUCAAUGAAGUGGCUGCUGCUCUAGCAGAAAGUGGAUUUCCUGUAUUUGCCUGGAAAGGAGAGUCAGAAGAUGACUUUUGGUGGUGCAUUGAUAGAUGUGUGAAUGUGGAGGGCUGGCAGCCAAACAUGAUAUUGGAUGAUGGAGGGGAUCUUACUCACUGGAUUUAUAAGAAGUAUCCUAAUAUGUUCAAGAAAAUCAAAGGCAUAGUAGAGGAGAGUGUUACUGGAGUCCAUAGGUUGUACCAGCUAUCCAAGGCUGGGAAGCUAUGUGUUCCUGCCAUGAACGUCAAUGACUCAGUCACUAAACAGAAAUUUGACAACCUCUAUUGUUGCCGUGAAUCAAUUCUAGAUGGACUUAAAAGGACAACAGACAUGAUGUUUGGUGGAAAGCAGGUGGUGGUCUGUGGCUAUGGAGAGGUGGGGAAAGGGUGCUGUGCUGCUCUAAAAGCCAUGGGCUCUAUUGUGUAUGUAACGGAGAUCGAUCCCAUCUGUGCUCUUCAAGCCUGUAUGGAUGGAUUUCGACUGGUGAAAUUAAAUGAGGUCAUCCGGCAAGUGGAUAUUGUUAUCACCUGUACAGGUAACAAGAAUGUGGUAACCAGAGAGCACUUGGACCGUAUGAAGAAUAGCUGCAUCGUUUGUAACAUGGGACAUUCCAACACGGAGAUUGACGUGGCAAGUCUGCGGACACCAGAACUGACCUGGGAGCGAGUGAGAUCCCAAGUUGACCAUGUAAUAUGGCCUGAUGGCAAGAGGAUAGUACUGCUGGCAGAGGGCCGUCUGCUGAACCUAAGCUGCUCCACAGUGCCUACCUUUGUGCUCUCAAUCACCGCUACUACUCAGGCACUUGCCUUGAUAGAGCUUUACAAUGCUCCCGAGGGUCGUUAUAAGCAGGAUGUCUACCUGUUGCCCAAGAAAAUGGAUGAGUAUGUGGCAAGCCUACACCUGCCCACCUUUGAUGCCCACCUGACAGAGUUGACAGAUGAACAGGCCAAGUAUCUGGGACUCAACAAGAAUGGGCCCUUCAAGCCUAAUUACUACAGGUAUUAAGUUCCUGUAAUUCAAGCCAGAAGAAAUUUUAAGGAAUAGAACUCCAAGUCUUUUCUCCACUCCUAUACAGAAAAGAACCCAGCAAGCUGCUUCUCCAAUCAGCUGCCCGCCGUGCUCACCCUAUAUGUUAGGCUAUUUAUUUAUUAAAAUCUAGAAUCCUGUGCCUGUUGCCUUGGCCCAGAGUGUGGUUACUGCCCCGAGGGCUGUGAGAGCCAUGAAAGACAGGCUGAGGAAGGAAAGAUAUGGGGUAAUCCUUCCCACUCUAUCUUCUGCAUCAUUCCCCACUGACUUGGAAUCCUCAGCAAUGGUCAUUUGUCUCUUGUCCAGGUUCAGGAAUUAGUCCAGGAAUUCCAGACUCCUUGUUCCCUGGGGUUUUCUGGAAUAAAUUUUCAGCAGUUGCCUUUUUCAGCUUUGGCUUUUCCCCAGGUGAGGCCUUUUGGAAGCCACUGAAUUAACAUGGCCUGGGUUCCCAGCCUUGACCAUCACUAUCACUGCCUUCUUUAUAAAAUGACUAGGAAGGAAGGAAUGUUAUGACUUCGGCAAGCUACAUCAAGAACUUAGCUACGCCAGUGCUUAUCAGGUGUCUCCUUCCUUACCCAGGACCCCUUUCUUCCUUGAAUAUUCACCUCUGUUUUAACACUUUCUGGUUCCAAGAGGAAUGUGCCUCCAUUAUUUCCUCAGCAGCCCUGGUGUUUGUCAGAUAUUUGUGUUACCGUCUUUCUAACCCAACUAAACUUUGCUCAGGAAGUGGGGGCCAGCCUUACUGGGGCCCAUAGUUUUACUUGUCAUUUAACUGAACAGUUUCCCAGGAAGUUCCUUCUAGACUGGCACUGGCUCAGAAAAGGAGAGUUUGUUAUGAAACUCUGCUUCCUGAAAUUUCCUCUUAUUGCCUAAAACUGCUUUUGAAACUGAGCAGGGAAAGAUGUACUUUCCAAUGGAUUUGAGGGUGGGCUUUGGAAGUGGUAUAGGCCAUUCAGGCCCACAGUUUGAUACUCUGAAGAAGCAGAAUGUAUGUGUUUGUCUCCUGGGAAGGGCUUUGCAGCUUAACAAGCCAAGCUAUACAGAGAUGACACUGUAAGCCGUAUUCAGAUGAUUAAAGCUAGUUUGACUAGUUCGAA